AUGACAUCUCCUAUUCUAUGGCGGAACAGUGAUGACACUGUCUGCUUGAUGGACGUCCCUCGAUCUAUCUCAGCAGCGCAAGGUACCGCAGAAUGCCCCUGCUCCGACGCACUUCUCUCGUGCGAAGCUGUGUCAUCUCCCUUUGCUUCCAACGAACCCAAGUCAGCUGCCGCAAAGGCGAAGCUGCAGAACAACACUGUUGAAGAAACUCUGCACGCUGAAUACAGCAUCAUCCUACAGCGAGCAAUUGAGCAGGUACGGCAGGGCCAUCAAGAUCCAUGGUGUCUCCCAAGAACUUUCAUCACAACACCUGACCGGCCAAAAAGGAAACGGAAGCGAGAGAGAGAUGAGAACGGCACAGGUCUUGAGACUCCGCCACAUCCGAAUCUCCCGGAGCUUCCAGAUGAUGUGUCUUUCUACGCCAAUGACUCUGCAACCACUGAGGAUUUCUGCGUCGCACCCAAGAGUGCCGUUGGGGUAGAAUCAACGUAUCGUAUUCCACCUUAUUCAACAUUCUCCCUCUCCGAUUGUUCGAGCUCCACGUCCUUUUUGAACUCCAUCCGGAGUCAAGCUCAGGACAAUUCGACACGCAGGCAUUUUGACUUGAUGAUAUUUGAUCCCCCUUGGCCAAAUCGCUCCGUCAAGCGGUCGCACAAGACUCCUGGGAGCACGUACGCAACAUCCACAACUCUCGAUGACGUAUUCCAGCUUGUUCUAGGCACGGAUUUGGACAUGCUGAUGGGGAAUGAUUGCAUUGUAGCGUUUUGGAUAACGAAUAAGCCUGCUGUACGCGAGUUGGUGACCGGUGAGGGCGGCAUUUUCGAAACCUGGGGAAUCGAGCUGGAGGAAGAGUGGAUCUGGCUAAAGACGACUGUAGACGGUGAGCCUGUGUCGGUUGUCGACUCACUGUGGAGGAAGCCAUAUGAGAUCCUGCUUCUUGGACGAAAACGUCCCUCUGCACCAAAAGGGGGUGUCAUUAAGCGAAGGACUAUCAUCGCUGUGCCAGAUCUGCAUUCGCGCAAACCAUGCUUGAGGUCGCUGUUGGAGCCUAUGAUGCCAAAUUCGCGAAACUACAGAGCACUAGAAGUGUUCGCGCGGCAUUUGGUCUCGGGAUGGUGGAGUUGGGGCACCGAGUGUAUCAAGUUCAACUACUCCAAAUUCUGGUGCCCAGAUGUUGAGGCUACGAACGAGAAUCACGAUGAUGUACCAACACACYAACAGUGCAAAUAA